AUGGUGUUCAAGCCUCUCACCAUCGCUGCCGCGAUAGCCGGCCUCACUCCUUUUGUGUCCGCUUUCGAUGCCCAGGCAAAGUCCAACGUUGCCGUCUACUACGGUCAAGGAUAUGGUCAACAACGGUUGAGCCAUUUCUGCCAGGAAACCUCGUUGGAUAUUAUCAACAUUGGAUUCAUCAAUACUUUCCCUGAUCAGGGAGCUGCCGGGUGGCCGGGUAGUAACUUCGGCAAUCAAUGUGAUGGCCUAACUUAUGAAGUUGACGGCGUCUCAACGCAGCUUCUUUCUGGUUGUCACCAGAUUGCAGAAGAUAUUCCCAUCUGCCAAGCAGCAGGAAAGAAGGUUUUACUGUCCCUUGGUGGUGCCUCUCCCGACAACCAGCAGAUUCUGUCAGAUGCCUCUGCUGUUCGGUUCGCCGAUUUCCUCUGGGGUGCCUUUGGUCCGCAGACGGAGGAAUGGGUGUCCAAUGAUGGUCCUCGUCCUUUUGGAGAUGUUGUUGUCGAUGGGUUUGAUUUCGACAUUGAGCACAACGGCGGUUUUGGAUAUGCGACUAUGGUCAAUCGGUUCAGAGAGCUUUUCGCUUUGGUCCCGGAGCGUACCUUCUACAUCUCUGGUGCCCCCCAGUGCCCGAUACCCGACCCUCAACUCGGUGAUGCAAUCGCCCAAUCCCCCUUUGACUUCGUUUGGGUGCAAUUCUAUAACACUGCUGGCUGUGCCGCUAGUGACUCCAUCAAUGGUGUCAGCACCGGCUUCAACUUUGAUGACUGGGUGGAUGUCAUCAAGCGUGGAGCCAACCCGGACGCAAAGCUCUAUGUGGGAUUGCCUGCCGGCCCCGGUGCAGCAGGAGCGGGAUACUACCUGACACCGGAGGAAGUCUACCCUCUAGUGGAUGUGUAUAUGAACCUCUACCCGGAGACGUUUGGAGGAAUCAUGCUUUGGGAAGCAACGGCUUCGGAUGAGAACACGUUCAGUGGACUCACAUUUGCCGACGUGAUCAAAGACAUUCUGGUUGCAGUUGACCCUUCACCACCGGUUCCCAGCCCUUCGUCUAGCAGCGUUAUCGCCUCAAGCACACCUGUGGCCUCGAGUACCCCUGUUGCAUCAAGCGCUCCCGCUUCAUCCACCCCGAUUUCCUCAGGCAGCCCAGUUCCGUCAAGCUCUGCUGUUUCCAGCUCCCCCGCGGUUUCAAGUACUACCGAGUCUUCAAGUACGCAGGUGGUAUCGGGCAGCGUCUCUGCGUCGAGUAGCCCUGUUACAUCAAGCCCUGUGGCUUCCAGCACUCCAGUGGCAAGUAGCGCGCCCUCGGCUACCAGUUCCGCUGUGGCUUCCAGCUCACCUAUUGCCCCAAGCUCACCAGUAGCAUCUAGCUCUCCUAUUAUUUCUAGCACUCCGGCGGUCAGCACCCCUGUGGCAUCCAGCAUCCCCGUUAGCUCUAGCUCUGCUAUUGCAUCUGGAUCCACUAUUGCGUCUAGCUCUGCUAUUGCGUCCAGCUCUGCUAUUGCGUCCAGCUCUGCUAUUGCGUUCAGCUCUGCUAUUGCGUUCAGCUCUGCUAUUGCGUCCAGCUCUGCUAUUGCGUCCAGCUCUGCUAUUGCGUCCAGCUCUGCUAUUGCGUCCAGCUCUGCUAUUGCGUCCAGCUCUGCUAUUGCGUCCAGCUCUGCUAUUGCAUCCAGCUCUCCUGUUGCGCCCAGCUCUCCUGUUGCGUCUAGCUCUCCAGCAGUAUCUAGCUCUGCCAUCGUUUCCAGCACUCCAGCGGUCAGCACUCCUGUGGCAUCCAGCAUCCCCGUUAUCUCUAGCUCUGCUAUUGCAUCUGGAUCCGCUAUUGCGUCUAGCUCUCAUGUUGCUUCUUCAAGCACCCCUGCGGCAUCGAGCAGCCCCGCUGUCUCGAGUUCUCCUGUGGCAUCGAGCAGUCCGGCCCUGUCAAGCAGCCCAUCUGCAUCUGCAUCAAGCACACCUAUCAUUCCAAGCUCGACUGCCAGUUCUGCCGUCGUAUCGAGCUCUCCCACUCCUUCAAGCUCCGUUGUGAGAUCAAGCACUCUGCUCUCUUCCAGCUCACCGGCCCUGUCCAGCACUCGCACUCCCAGCAAUCCUGUUAUUCCAAGCAGUUCAGCCAUUUCCAUCACUCCUUCAAGCACGCCUGUCCGGUCAACUUCGUCUGUUGCCCCAGGAAAGUCGUCCAGUGCCCCUGUUAUUCCAAAGCCAUCCUCCACGGUCAUUGCAACUUUCACCAGUUCCUCUGGGUCAUUGCCCUCUUCCAGCGCUCCCGCUGGAUCCGGCGUUCCAUCAUCAUCUACCCUGCCACAUCCUUCUAGCACAUCGUUGCUGUCAAGCUCACCCGUUAGCUCCGCCGAACCGGUCUCUUCAAGUUCUGCUGUAGGAACCAGUGUGGGUUCCUCGUCCAAUGUGGUCACUGGGGUGUCGACCAGGUCAAGCUCGUCAGUUGUCCCCUCUGGCACGCCAAUCCCGCCAGUUUCGGGAACAGCCACCGAGUCUGUUACUUCUUCAUCAAGUGGAUCGGGCAGUCCCACCGUGCCAAGCUCAAUCAACACGUCGAGCACAGAUGCUUCAUCAAGCUCUUCCGCCUCUUCCGUGGAGCCUACUUCCUCAGGAUCGGUGAUCACAUCAGUGACUUCAUCCAGCGCCUCUCGUGUGUCAAGCUCCUCUAGCUCGGUUGUAAUCACCAAUCCAUCGGUGCCUUCCGACAGCUCGUCCUCUGGUAGCGAACUGUCGACAACCUCGAGUACCGAGUCUACUAGCUCAGCAUCAAGCCAGACCGGAGCGCCAACGACUUCCGUUCCUUUGGGCAGCUCGGAAGCAGCCAGCACCUCAACCUCCGGUGCCGCUGCAAGUGGCUCGGGUGCUCAGGACAGCACAAAAUCUACUGAUCACGCAAGCACUCUUUCCCCAUCGUACUCGACUCCCCUCGCCAGCGCCUCAGGACAAACAGGCAGCCCAACUACCGUUCCAGCUGGUAUACCAACCGGCAAUGGAAGUGGACUCGCUCCGAUCACUUCCAGCAUCACAUCUGCCCAGGCGUCGGAGCCGGAGCCUACCAUCACUACCACGGUCAUUGUGACUUCUUACAUUGACAUCUGCCCAGAAGGUUUCACUACGAUCACCACGACUUACACCACUACCUACUGUCCUGCAACGGUGUCUGCCACAGCCACAGCCACAGCCGCCAUCACCAACCCUCCCGGCGCUCCAGCGCAGACCACGAGUCCCAGCGUCCCUGAGGGCUGGACGACGACUGUGACCGUAUGCACUCACUGCGCUCCCACACCGACUACUGUGACCCUUACUUUGCCGGCCACCAAUCGGCCGUCUGCGCUGGCGUCCUCGACCAGCGCACCGAACUCUCCUGAAGACUGGACCACUACGGUCAGUGUCUGCACUGACUGUGGUCCUACGCCUACCACGGUAACGGUCACGAUCCCCGUCGGCGCUGCCACGGGUCCUGCCGGGGAGAGUUCGCCCGGUCAAAGUGCCCCUACAGCCCCCGCGCCAACAGCCCCCACCACCACCGAGACGCCGCUAAUUCUUGGAACCGGCAGCCCAUCCCAGAGCGGGUCCCGAGUGCCUGUGGCUCCCAGCGGCACGGCCGCCGGCGUGUCGCCCGUAUUCACCGGCGCGGCUUCGCGGGUGUCACGACUGCAACACGGUGCGGGUGCAGUGUCAGCGUUUGCACUGUUCCUCUUGGCAGCCAUCUAA